ACAAAACAAAAGGCAGCACUUUCCCUGAUUCAUGCCUGAAACUUUGGUUAUGGAAGUUACCAAUUUCUUAUUUUCAAUCCUCCUUAUUCUGCCUGUUUUUUAUCUCAUCCUCAAGCAUUUCAAAGACUCGAAAUGCCCACCAAUUCCACCAGGUCCAUUUUCAUGGCCAAUCCUUGGCAAUCUUCUACAAAUUGGCGACAAUCCUCUGGCAACACUCACAGAAUUUGGUCAAACAUAUGGACCUCUCUUCUCUAUAAAACUUGGCAGCCAAAGGGUGGUUGUGGCAUCAUCAUCGACUGCGGCCAUGGAAAUCUUGAAGACCCAAGAUCGCCUUCUGUCCGGCCGAUUUGUGCCCCAUGUGGCGCCAGCCAAGAGUCCAAAGCUUAACAACUUAUCACUUGGAUGGAGUUUUGAGUGCAAUGAGAGCUGGAAGUACCUGCGGACGGUAUGCAGAAUGCAACUUUUCGCGGGCAGAACAAUCGAAAAUCAAUCAUGUUUAAGAGAAGAAAGGGUGAUGAAAAUGGUGAAGUAUAUCGUUUCAAUGGAAGGAAAGCCUGUCAAAAUUAGAGAUAUAGCAUUUGCCAUGACUUUCAACAUGUUGGGUAAUAUACUGUUGUCAAGGGAUCUCAUAAACUUUGAGCAAGAAAGUGACGAUGGUGGGAUGAGUGGAGUAUUGAGGACAAUCAUGGAGGUGGCUAUUCAACCAAAUAUAUCUGAUUUUUAUCCAUUUUUAGGUCCAUUUGAUCUGCAAGGCCUAAGAAAGAAGUCCAUGGAAAUAUAUCAUAAGCUUUGUGCUAUUUUUGAGGCCAUAACCAAAGAAAGAAGAGAGAAGAAAAGUGGUGACAUUCCAAGCCAGCAAGAUUUUCUAGAUGCUCUCAUCAGCAUUGGCUCUUCCAAUGACCAGAUAAAUUUCUUGCUCAUAGAGUUAAUUACUGCCGGAACGGACACAAGCAGCUCCACUAUUGAGUGGACGCUAACAGAACUAAUAAAGAAUCCGAAAUGCAUGAAGAUUGUUAAAGCAGAACUCGCUAGAGAAAUUGUUGAUCAAGACAUGGUGAGAGAAUCCCAUCUACCAAAGUUACCAUAUCUUCAAGCCUGUGUUAAAGAGACCCUGCGAUUACACCCUCCCGCGCCAUUUCUUCUGCCUCAUCGAGCUGUCGAGUCAUGCCAAGUACUGAACUACACCAUUCCAAAGGACUCUCAACUCCUCGUGAAUGUUUGGGCCAUUGGAAGAGAUCCCAUGUACUGGAAAGAUCCAUUAACUUUCAAACCAGAGAGAUUUCUCGAAUCGAGCUUGGAUUUCAAAGGAAAUGACUUUGAAUUCUUGCCGUUCGGUGCAGGAAGAAGAAUCUGUCCUGGCCUGCCUAUGGCUGCAAAACAUGUUCCAUUGGUUGUUGCUUCCCUUAUUCAUUUUCUUGAUUGGUCUCUUCCAUAUGGAAAGGAUCCAUUGGACAUGAACAUGAGUGAAAAAUAUGGUAUAACUCUGAUAAAGGAAGAACCUCUCAUUCUCAUUCCUAAAGUUAAAUCGUGA